CUUUACAAAACUCAAGGAGAUAUACAAAUUUUUAUUUAUAACAAAAAUGUUAGAAUUUUAUCCCGUCCCAACAAGUUUAAAUAGUAAUGGCCUUAUGCAUCAUCAACAAACACCACUUAAUGGUACAAUUAAUAUUGGAUCCAUAAAAACAUUAGAUUCAAAUAAUGGUAAAACUGAAGUUGGUACCAUAAAAUGUGAAAAGAAUUAUGAAAUAUGCGAAGGCUGUGGACUUAAAAUACAAGAUAGAUACCUCAUGAAAAUUGCUGACGUUAGUUGGCAUGAAAGUUGUUUAAGAUGUACAUACUGUGGAAUACAAUUAAAUCAUACAUGCUAUGUUAGAGAUUCAAAAAUUUUAUGUAAAAUGGACUAUGAUAAAUUCUUUAGUAUAAAAUGCACAAGAUGUUGUGGUCGAAUUUUACCAAAUGAUAUGGUUAUGAGACCAAAUCUUCAUUAUAUAUUUCAUUUACAAUGUUUUACAUGUUGCAUAUGUUGUCAACCAUUACAAAAAGGUGAACAAUUUUUAAUGCGUGGCGGACAAUUGAUAUGUCGUCAUGAUUUUGAAAAAGAAUUAUAUUUAGUACAAAAUUGUGAUGAUGAUUAUUAUGAUGAUGGAUUAUUACAUCCACAUCAUCAUCACCAUCAUCAUCAUCAUCAUCAUCGUUCGCGUGAUGGUAGACGUGGUCCAAAAAGACCAAGAACAAUAUUAACAGCAGUACAACGUAAACAAUUUAAAGCAUCAUUUGAAUCAUCACCAAAACCAUGUCGUAAAGUUCGUGAAGCAUUAGCUAAAGAUACUGGUUUAUCAGUAAGAGUUGUACAAGUCUGGUUUCAAAAUCAACGUGCAAAAAUGAAAAAAAUUCAAAGGAAAGCAAAUAAAGAUGGUAGUAAAAAUUCUGAUGGUUCUGAUAAAGAUAAAGAUGAUAAAAGUAUAAAACAAGAAUCACCAAAUAGCGAACAUGGAAAUUAUUUAGGUUUAGAUGGUUCAUAUUCAUCAAAUCAACCCUUAAAUCCAAAUUUACCAUAUUCACCAGAUGAUUUUCCUACAAAUUCAAAUGAUAGUUUUUGUAGUUCAGAUUUAUCUUUGGAUGGCAGUAAUUUUGAUUUAAAUGAUGAAGGAACAUCAGAUACAAUAUCAUUAAAAAAUUUAGAUCUUAAUAGUAAUGGUAAUGGUGGUCACAAUAAUUCUGCACAUGAUGCAUUUAACAAUUUAAACAAUAAUAAUAAUAAUAAUGGUCAUCAUGGUCAUAGUAAUAGCAGUGGCCCAAACAGUAUAAAUCCAAUUGAUAAAUUAUAUUUAAUGCAAAAUUCUUAUUUUAAUAAUAAUGAAAUUUAAAAAGAGUAAAAAAUUUUAAUUGAAAAUAAAUUUGUAUUUGUAAAUAAUUUAUGUAUUUGAACA